GCAAUUUGCAUAUAAUUCUCCAAUUCUCUAAAUUCUGCCGAAAUUACCAUAUCAGCACGGCAUUGGAUUUCAAGAACUCUGAUUGAGGCCGGAAUGUCGUCGUCUCAUUCUAGCUCCCUUCGCCUGCAACGGUGACCGGGAACUGUUCUGCUUUCCACGCAAGGCCCGACGAAAGUCCUGUCAACUUGGCCUCCACUCCAGCCACAGAUCGACGUAGUGGGCGUCGAUGCUGCUACAUUGCCGGUUGGGGUCCGGGAACGCCCGAGUAAAAAUAUGGCACGUACGAAACGACAUAUCCUCGAGAAAGCACGAAAGAUAACGGAACAGGCGCUCUGCCAGGCCACCUCCGAGAGGUUGCGAAAGUAUCCCGAAGAACAAGGUUCCGGCGUCUGUAAUCCGGGACACAAAAAUGGUAUAAAACUGAGAGCAUGUUCCAGAAAGAUCGGUGAUGUUAUCUGGGCUUCUAUCUUGACGCUAAAUGCGGGUGCUCCUGUCUGGGCGCUGACGCUCACGCCCGCGGCUAGGACAGGGCCUAACUGUAGAAGUGAGGCUCAUGUAUGGCGGGGUUGGAUGAAUUCCACGUCUGGUUCGAUGGACCUCUCUCACCUUACAGACUGUGUGGCGCCGAGGUUCUUGUUCUUGGCGCCGAGGUUCUUGUUCUUGCCGCCGCGGUACUCGACGUCUCGUGCGGUUUCGAUUCACUCGCGGCCGUCCAGAACAUGCCAAGUAGACGAAGCAUGCCAAUCCUUCCAGUAUCCGGCUCCGGGAAGACUGGCAUGCACGGGAAGAUGGAAACUCGAGCAGUGUCGCGUAUCAGAUUUAGACGGACGAAUCUUUCCACUAGUUCUGGACUGCGGAUGGUGUAGCGGAUUGAACUAGAUUAGAGUCCUGAGAUUGGAGGAAUGCACUUGGCAGUUGGCUCCUCCAUCGUCCCCAAGGAGUUCGGUAAUGUUACAUUCAUAGUACAAAGCAGGUACGCAUCCCAGCCCAACACGUCAAAGUCGGUGCACCUUCAACGAACCGCAAUAUAAUGAAAAGAAUACAUAAUUCUAUUCAUCGAAAAGGACCUUAGAAGUAAAAUGGUCAUGAUGAUUUCACACACUCUGCAAUGCGCUAAUGGUGCGUGAACAUGUCCGACGAUGAACAAUGCAUUUGGGCAAAUAUUUGCAACCAAGUGACGAAAGACUCGAGCACGUAAAAUUUCCCCGACUUAUCCACCAGCUGUUCAGAAGUGAGCUGAUGCGGUACUUGAACUUAUGCUUCUAUAUCCGACUUCAUUCAACUUUUGUACUUGUAUAUCUUUCUUGACUUAUUCUUUUUAGCAGAUUUUCCUUCAAAUCCUUGUCAUCUGCGUAGGAGAAUGGUCAUAGGUUUGACAAGCGCCCGAGGACAACCAAAAGUA